AUGGAAGUGCAUCGCGCCUUCAUCGACAAUGCGUUCGAACGCUACGUACUGGCCACAGGAGAGGAGCUCACGAAGCGUGCGACUGCCCUGUCGGUGCCAGCUUUAGCACCGCUGCUUGCUGAUCCAGGCAUGCGCAAAAAGGCGCACUGGGAGGCACGGGUACACCACAACGCGCUGACACUUGACCCGUUCUUGAGCCAAAGCUAUGGCGCAACUGUCGCGUACUUUGUGGGUGCAUCGUAUCAGCUUGUACAGGUUCUGGAGCACAAGACGCGUGGAGUGAAGCUCAAGAGCGUGUACGACUUGCCACAACUGGCCGCACGACAGGAGAACGUGUCGGUGCAAGUCGCAGGCAAAGGAUUCGUCGUGUACUGCGACGGACACGGGAUGCUGCACUGUUUGAGAGCUGAGACGGACCAAGAAGGAUCCAAGUGGAGUCAAGUGUACGAGUGUGCACCGUGGGGCGUCGUCCCGUUGUUGCUGGUGGGUGCUCUUUACGAUGCCCAACACCACCAUCUUCGUGCUGUGGUAGCCGAACCUUUGUUUGGCAAUGGAGAUGAUAGAGCCUUCCGACUUUCGGUGGCUUGCGUUUUUUUGUCAACAGCCGCUACGAUGAAGCGUGAUAUGGCUGAGCAUGGACUGAACCACGUGACGUCUACCGUUGCUGUGGUGUCAAAAUUACCGACGCUCGUCUCAUUCAGCGGACCUGAUGUGGUUUUGCUUGUGGAAGGGACGUACGAGUUACUGAUGAAACUCGUAGCAGACAAGUCGGAGCGGACUGUUGUAAAUGUAGCGCCAGUAGCUACUGGCGUAGGUCAUGUGCGUUGCCACGAAGAGGACGAUUUGACUAACGAUGAGAUGACGGAUUUACUGUCUGCAUUUCCACGAGCUGGGAUUGGUUUCCAUGGUGCUAUCACAAAGCCCAAAGUGCCGAGCGAAUUGGCAUCGGUUGACUUCAAGACGUCAUUGCGUGAUCGUUUCCACAAGUCCAGCACGCCAUUCAGUUCAGUAGCCACGUCUCUCAAUGAAGCACCUCUUGCCUCAACGCAUCCGAACAAGGAAGGUGCUAGCAGAACUUCAGGCCAUCGAUGUGAGGUCCCGACAGCAGAGUCCCUUCUCAGCGGCUUUGAGGAGUGUGACAGCGGUGAUCCGAACGCCAAGGCGUGUGUACUACUCGUGAACUGCGAGCAGCAGGUAGUACAGCACCAAAUGGGUAUCGACUGCAUGCAGUUCCAGUUUCUCUGUCCAAGUGCCCGUGUGCAAGACUCGAGUGACUACAAGUCAGCGCUACUUUUCCGAAACGACGUGCACGGUCUGAUUUUCGGGCUGAAUGGGACCGAAGGUCCACUGGCCCUACGUCACUCAGCCACGUUACCCGCGUUCGGAUUUGUGCAAGCUUCGAAACAGGAAAAGAAGUUCAUGUCAUGCCAUGCAUCAGGUUCACUUGCCUGUAUCGGCGAGUUCCAGCGGCGCGUGUUCGUGUACCAGGGCAAAAGCUCGGAAACCGAGCGCGAAUCGCAUACACGCAAGCAGCACAUGAUGGAGUUUGGCGAUCAAGAGCUAUUGGGAAUGCAAGUUGCGGAUGAAAACACGGUCCUCGUGCUGACAUCGAGUCAAGUCUACUCGCUCCAGCUGUGCAGUAGCACAAGUUCGUAA